CUUUUUGCUUGAAUCUGAAUCGGGAGAGGAGACCGGAUUCGGUCCGGAGGUAGGGGGAAUGAUCCGGGACACGGGUACAUUGUUAUAAAUAAUUGUAUUUAUAUUCAAUGCUAUUCAGAGCUUGAUUGUGACUGACUCGCUGUGAAAGAGAGGGAGAGAGAGGGAUAUCAUGGCCGCUCAAGUCGCUAGCGUCGCCACUCUCAACACUAGCCCGCCAGCCGAACUUAAGAAGCCGGAUCGGGACCCUCAGGAGGAGUCGGUACCGAGCGAGAAACAACAGGAAAAUAAGGAGUCGGGACCAGACAAUGGAUCUCCGGGACAGAAAGAGCUGCAGGACGGGGCCGAUGUUGGAAAUGCAGGGGGAGGAGGUGAUCCUGACAUGAAGAACGGGAACGGGAAUUCGUCCAGGCUGAACAAUAAUAAUAAUCAGAAUGAUUCAGGAGGGCCGGAAGGUAAUAACCACCCCGGUAUGGGGCACCACCACCCGGGUGCUUUUGCUCCACCACCUUACGGUUACAACCAGCACUACAGCCGGGCCCCUUUUCAUCAACAUGGCGGACAACAAAGCGCUGGCAUGGCAGCUGCAGUGGGGCCGGCAGUGCAACCAGGCAGUAUGAUGGAGCCUUAUCCACCCAAUUCGCACGAACACGGCUUCCCAAACCACUUUAACAAUUACAGUCCAUUCCCGAACAGGACUCCGUAUCAGGGCCAAGGCUACGGCAUGAAUUCCCCGCGAAAUAACCAGCCUCCGGCUGCUGGGGGGCAGCCAGGCAAGCAGCAAUCAGCAGGAGGAACUACAGCAAUGGUUCCUUCCUUUAAUCAGAGGUAUAACAUGGGAAAUCCACAACCCACUUCAACACCGACUCUAAAUCAGCUGCUGACCUCUCCAAGUUCCACGAGGAGCUACCAAAACUACCCACCAAGUGACUACAGUAAUCAGGAAGGGGCUAGCAAGGGGCCAUCAGACAUGGCCAGCAGCAAUCAGUAUGGUGGGGGCCAUCCGGGUUGGCAACAAAGAAGCCACCAUCCACCUCCCAUGAGCCCGGGAAACACUGGACAACCACUUGGCAGAAAUCAGCCCCCCGGCCCAAUGGACCAGGUUGGAAAGAUCCGGAGCCAGCACUACGGUGCCGGUAACCCCUACACCCAACAACAGGGGCCUCCUCCGGGUCCCCACCAGGGACCUGCUUACCCAGGCCAGGGAUACGGUGCCCCCGGCCCCCAGAGAUACCCCAUGGGUAUGCAGGGCCGUACACCAGGGGGAAUGGGCGGCAUACAGUAUGGACAACAGAUGGGAAGUUACGGACAGCACGGCCCAGGUGCUUACGGACAGCAGAACCAGGCUGGUUACUACAGCCAGCAGGGCCCUGCUCCACACCCUGGUCAGCAGCAGUCUCCGUACCAGCAGUCCCAGAGCGGCCCGGGUUCCCAGCCACCUUAUCCCCAGCAGCCCUCGGUAACGCAUGGCCAGCCGGGGCCGGCGUACCCCCAGCCUCAAGGCCCCCAGGGGCCCCCGCAGGGUCAGCCGGCGUACGGCCAGCCGCCUCCGCAGCCGCAGUCCGCUCAGCCGCCCUACGCCCAGCCGCAGUCCCAACAGCCGGGGCAGCAGCCCGGGGGACCUCAGCCAGGGCCCGGGCCUCAGUCUCAGCCAGGGUACCCACAGGCCCCGGGCCCUGGACAACCUCCACAGCAGCAGCAGCAGCAGCCGCCCCCCUCACAGCAACAACAGCAACAACAACAACAACAACAACAACAACAGCAGCAGCAACAGCAGCAGCAGCAGCCAGGUCCUCCUCAGCAACAGCAACCGCAGCCACAGCAACAGUCAGUACCGCCUCCGCAAACCCAGCCGCCCCCUGGACACGGGCAGUCCCAGCAGGGCCAGCCCUCACCCUACUCACAGACCCCUCCACUUCAACAGCAGCAGCAGCAGCAGCAGCAGCAACAACAGCAACAACAACAGCAACAACAGUCCCCCUUCCAGCGUUUUCCGCCACCCCCUCAGGAGCUUUCUCAGGACUCUUUCAGCUCCCAGUCCAGUGCUCCUCCCUCUAACCAGCCCAUGGUGUCCGGCAAGGGCGGCCCGGAGGACGGCAUGCAGGGUCGACCCUCCAGCCUGCCGGAUCUGUCAGGGUCUAUCGAUGAUCUGCCUACGGGUACAGAGGGUGCACUGAGCCCAGGGGUCAGUACCUCUGGUGUCUCCAGCAGUCAGGGGGAGCAGAGUAACCCUGCACAGUCACCGUUCUCCCCCCACACCUCCCCACAUCUGCCUGGCAUUCGGGGACCCUCCCCUUCCCCUGUAGGCUCCCCUGCUAGCGCCACCCCCUCCCGGUCUGGACCUCUGUCUCCCGCAGCGGUGCCGGGGAACCAGAUGCCCCCCAGGCCGUCAAGUGUCCAAUCAGACGGAAUUCUACACUCUUCCAUGAACCAGUCCGGUAUGGGCCAGGACAGAGUGUACAUGCGCAAUCCUCAGAUGGCUCCGUACGGGUCCCCCCAGCCUGGCUCUGCCUUAUCCCCACGCCAGUCAUCGGGAAGCCAGAUGCAUGCUGGGAUGGGACCGUACCCUCAGAACAACUCAAUGGGCAACUAUGGGCCACAGGGAGGGCAGUUUGGCCCUCAAGGAUACCCAAGGCAGACUGGCUAUAGUAACAUGCCUAAUGCCAACUACCCUGGUCCAGGAAUGGGUGGGUCCAUGAACCCUAUGGCAGUGCAGGGAGGCGGGGGGCCGUAUGGGGGCAUGCCCCCCGGGCGUAUGGGUCCUGGGCAAAUGGGAGCGCGGCCUUACGGCCCCGGCAUGGGCCCUAACAUGAGCGGGAUGCCGCCGCAGGUCGCGUCCGGGAUGUGCCCGCCGCCUGGCAUGAACAGGAAGCCUCAGGAUGCAGCCUCUGCGGGAAUGCAUCACGGGCCGACCAACUCUAUACACAGGCCACCUGGGUAUCCCAACAUGUCCCAGGGCAUGAUGGGGGCUGGGCCGUACCCCACCCCCAUGAACAGCAUGCAGGGAAUGAUGAACCAAGCAGGGCCCUACCCCAUGGGUGCCAAUAUGGCCAACAACACACCUGGCAUGGCCCCCAGUCCUGAGUUUGGUAUGGACGUAAAGCUGAACCAAGCUCAGAAGAUGAAUAACAAGGUCGAUGGGACCCCUAAGACGGAAUCGAAAAAGAAGUCGAGUUCUUCCACCACGACUAACGAGAAGAUCACUCGUCUUUACGAGCUGGGUCCGGAGCCGGAGAGAAAGAUGUGGGUGGACCGUUAUCUGGCCUUCGCCGAGGAGAAAGCCAUGGGCAUGAACAACCUGCCCGCCGUGGGUCGCAAACCCCUCGACCUCUUCCGCCUCUACGUGUCCGUCAAAGAAAUCGGCGGGCUCACGCAGGUGAAUAAGAAUAAGAAGUGGAGAGAACUGGCCACGAACCUGAACGUGGGAACAUCCAGCAGCGCAGCCAGCUCUCUGAAGAAACAGUACAUCCAGUGUCUCUACGCCUUCGAGUGCAAGAUAGAACGUGGGGAGGACCCGCCGCCCGACAUUUUCACUACUGACCCCAAAAAGAACCAACCCAAGAUACAGCCUCCUUCCCCAGCUGGGUCGGGAUCUUUGCAGGGCCCUCAGACGCCCCAGUCGACUACCAGCUCCAUGGCAGAAGGGGGAGACUUGAAGCCCCCCACCCCUGCUUCCACUCCUCAUAGCCAGAUGCCCCCAAUGCCUGGUGUCAGGAGCAGCGUUAAUCUACAGGACCCCUUCGCUGAUGGCAGUGACCCUGCCUUUGCCAGGCGGAACUCCAUGACCCCUAACUCAGGCUAUCAGCCUGGGAUGGGUGGACCAGAGAUGAUGGGACGAAUGGGUCCCUAUGAGCCUAACAAGGACCUGUUUGGUGGAAUGAGGAAAGCAGGGGAGCAGUUCAUGACUCCAGGACAAGGUCCUAACAGUGGUAUGGGCGAACAAUAUAACCGUGGUCCUUCUGGGCCAAUGGGCAACAUGCAGAUGGGCCAGAGGCAGCAGUACCCUUACGGACCAGGAUACGACAGAAGACAGGAGCCAGGUAUGGGCCCAGACGGCAGUAUGGGUCCAGGGGCUCCACAGCCUAACCUGAUGCCUUCCAGCGCCGACACGGGGAUGUACUCACCUAACCGGCCCCCACAGCAGCAGAGGCAUGAUUCCUAUGGUAAUCAGUACCCUGGCCAAGGUGCUCCCCCUGGUGGACCUUACCCCAAUCAGCAGCCAGGAAUGUAUCCACAACAGCAACCGACUUACCCACAGAAGCGGCCAGUGGACGGCACCUAUGGCCCUCCAGCGAAGCGUCACGAGGGAGAGAUGUACAGUGUCCCGUACAGCGGACAGCAGCAAGGACCCUUACCCACAGCUGGACCCCAAGCCCAACAGGACAUGUACAAUCAGUACAACGCUUACCCUGGCUCAGACAGACGCCCGCCCGGCCCUCAGAACCAGUUUCCCUUCGGCUUCGGACGGGAUCGAGGGCCAAGCGCUGGAGGACCCAACGCUCAGUCCUCCAUGCCCUCUCAGAUGCUGGGCAGCCCCAUGCCAUCUGUCCCCGACGGACCCCAGGGCCCCAUGUGGCAGGGCCGCAAUGAGAUGAACUACCCCAACUUUGCCAACCGACAGGGCCCCCCUGGCGUACCGCCGCAGGGCCCCGGCUACCACGCCAUGAACCGCUCCGAGGAUAUGAUGCCUUCCGACCAGCGUAUGAACCAUGAGGGCCCGUGGCCGAGUCACAUGACCCCACGGCAGCCCCAGUACGGGCCCGGGGGUACCGGUCCGCCCAGACCUCUUUCGACCUCCAACUACCAGCCCUCGCAGAACCACAUUCCACAAGUCUCCAGCCCAGCGACCAGGGAGAACAGGACAUCACCCAGCAAGCCCCCUUACAUGCACCCAGGCAUGAAAAUCCAAAAGGCGGGACCUCCAGUCCCGGCCUCGCAUAUCACCCAGCCGACUGUGCAGCCUCCCAUGAUCCGACGGGAUGUAGCCUUCCCACCAGGCUCAGUGGAAGCCUCUCAGCCUGUUCUGAAGCCUCGUCGUCGACUCACCACGAAAGAUAUUGGAACACCAGAGGCAUGGAGGGUCAUGAUGUCCCUCAAAUCAGGCUUGUUAGCAGAAAGCACUUGGGCCUUGGACACCAUUAAUAUCCUUCUUUAUGAUGACAGCAGCAUUUCGACCUUUAACCUCUGCCAGCUUCCCGGCUUCCUAGAACUGGUAGUAGAGUACUUCCGUCGCUGCCUCAUCGAGAUCUUCGGCAUCUUGAAAGAAUAUGAGGUCGGAGAUCCCGGCCAGCGCACACUGAUCGAUCCAGAUGCUGUAGACCCUGAGAUUUCUGAUGAGGAUGGGCCAGAAGUGGAACAGAUGGAGGAUGGUGAUGAAGAUGACGAAGAGGAGGAGGGUGACAAGGGCGAUAAGAGCACGGAUUCAUCGUCGCAGGUCCAGGUCAAACAGGAAAAGGAUGAGCCAACGCCAGGCCAGAAAUCUGGCGAGAGGUCCAGCGAAGAGGAGAAGAAAGAAGGGGAAACUAAAGAGCCCAGCUCAGGCACCCCGUUGCAAGACUCCAGUGCCCAACAAGAGAAGCCCAAGCAGGCCAGCAAGUUUGACAAGCUCCCCAUCAAGGUGGUGCGGAAGAAAGAUCUGUUUGUCAUCGGCCGCUCCAGCAAACUGGGGCGACGACAGGCUUUUGACAGCGGCCUGAUUCACUGGAGCGUUGGUGGUGGUGACACCACUGAGCACAUACAAACCCACUUCGAAAGCAAGAUGGACCUGCUGACGGCACGGAAACGGGUGCCAGUUUCUCUUGAGCCCCGGAAAAAGGUUCCCGUGACAACAGAGCCUGUGAAUAACGAAUCGGAGAAGGCCCAGACAAGCGAAGAGAAACAAGCUCAGCCUUCCACUUUACAACCGACGUCUGAAGAGAAGAGCUCCACGACGUCUACAAGUAUAACGGCUACCAUUGACGACGUCCUGUCAGCCCGGCCGGGAUCUGUCACGGAAGAGGUGGUGAGGGGGACAACAGAAAGCGAAAAGGAAAACAGCAAGUUUUUGUUCGGAAUCGGACCCUCGCAACAGAGCGGCCGCAACAUCAAGAUCUUGGAAGACGAGCCGCACAGCAAAGACGAGACCCCUCUGUGCACCCUGUCGGACUGGCAGGACUCGUUGUCCCGCCGCUGCAUAUGCGUCUCCAACAUCGUCCGGAGCCUCUCCUUCAUUCCAGGGAACGACUUGGAGAUGUCCAAGCACCCAGGUCUUCUGCUGCUGCUGGGUCGUCUGGUACUGCUCCACCACAGACACCCGGAGCGCAAGCAGGCGCCGGUCACCUACGAAAAGGAAGAGGAGGUGGAUGAAGGUGUGAGUUGCGAGCGGGACGAGUGGUGGUGGGACUGCCUGGAGGUGCUUCGCGAGAACUGCUUAGUCACCUUGGCCAAUAUCUCCGGCCAGCUGGACCUCUCCAUAUACCCCGAGAGCAUCUGCCUGCCCCUGCUCGACGGCCUGCUGCACUGGGCCGUCUGCCCCUCGGCCGAAGCCCUCGACCCCUUCCCCACGCUCGGGCUCAACGGGGCGCUGUCGCCCCAGAGACUGGUCCUCGAAACCCUCAGCAAGCUCAGCAUCCAGGACAACAACGUCGACCUCAUUUUGGCCACGCCGCCCUUCAGCCGGCUCGAGAAGCUCUACGGCUCUCUGGUACGUCUGGUUGGCGAGCGCAAGGUGCCAGUGUGCCGGGAGAUGGCCGUGGUGCUGCUCGCCAACCUGGCGCAAGGCGACAGCGUGGCUGCCAGGGCCAUCGCCGUGCAGAAGGGCAGCGUGGGAAACCUUCUGGGCUUCCUGGAGGAUAGCCUGGCAGCCACGCAGUUCCAACAGAGCCAAGGCUCCCUACUACACAUGCCUGGGGCGCACUUUGAGCCCACCAGUGUGGACAUGAUGCGACGGGCGGCCCGUGCCUUGCACGCUCUCGCCAAAGUGGAGGAGAACCACUCAGAGUUCACACUGUAUGAAUCACGGCUACUGGACAUCUCUGUGUCGCCUCUCAUGAACUCUUUGGUGUCCCAUGUUAUCUGUGAUGUACUGUUUCUGAUUGGCCAGUCAUGACAGCCGUGGGGGUGCAUC